CUAUUGCAUGUUUCCUUUUUGUUGGGUCGGUUGGACAAAAAAGUGCCGUGAAAACCUGGGAGCGGAGCCAAUUCUUCCCAGAUGUAACUGAAAACAGUCGUAUGGUGGAAGCAUUUCUUACGGUUAACUUGAAACAGCAGAAAGUAGAAAGACACUUUUAUCUCCAGGGUGCAAGUCAGACAAAGUCUAUAUGUGUUUAUGUGACAAAAGGCAGAGAGAAAGACAUCAGUCCUCAUCUACAGGAAUCAAGACAUAGAGUAGGUAGAAAAGAUUCUGUACAGAAACACUAUUUCAAUUUGACGUAUAAGGAAGACGAAAAAGAUUGAGCUUGACACUACAAGAAGAGAUCCCCUCAGCUCUUUAUGUAUGUGUGAUUAUCAUCACUGCCAGCUGCUUAAAACCACAUGCACACAUUCAUAGGAAAGAAAUAGUUCCUGUGCUGGUAUCACUUUCAAACAGAAUCAGAAAGUCUUUUGCACUUGUAGGCGCAGAAAGAGGCCUUUGGUACAGUUUCUUUCACAUGCCUGGUGGAAGACGACUACUUUGCUUCAAUGGAGAAUUGCAGCUGCAAAGGGACAAAUUGUAGUGGCCGCUGUUACCUCGGCAUCACCUGGGAGAAAGCCUAGCCUAGCUUAGCUCAAGUCAGCACAGCCCUGCUAGCUAGUCCGUGAAACCUCCCCAACACCUCUGCCCCCUAGCCAUCCAUCUUCUCCUGCCUCCCAUACAUCCCUUGCGCUCCUCGUCUAACUUUUCCAAGUGAGUUGCCAUGGCAUCAGUGCGCUUCACGGUGACGCCCACCAAGGCAGAGGACCUCCCGGGGCUGUCCGACACGUCUCCUGACAUCAGCUCCCGCUCCGGUGCCCGCGUCCGCUUCGGCUCCAGGGAGAGUGUCAAUCGAAGUGACCCUCUCAGCGAGACGUCGGGAGGCCUGACAACUACUGCCACAGCAGGAGGAGGGACUGACACGCCAGACCACAGCAACACAGAGCAAGGUGAUGGAAAUUCCAAAAUCUCCAGUGUGUAUAUCAACAACAGUCACGGGGUGGAUGACGAUGACUUCUACGACAGAAACUUGGCCUUAUUUGAGGAGGAGAUGGACACUCGGCCGAAGGUGUCCUCUCUCCUCAAUCGCCUGGCCAACUACACCAACCUGACGCAGGGGGCCAAGGAGCACGAGGAGGCCGAGAGCAUUGGUGAGAAGAAGAAAGCCAGCAAGUCGCCACAGAUGGGGACGUUUAUGGGCGUUUACCUGCCUUGCCUCCAGAACAUCUUUGGCGUCAUCUUGUUCUUGCGGUUGACCUGGGUGGUGGGGACUGCUGGGGUGCUGCAGGCCCUCUGUAUUGUCUUCGUAUGCUGUUGCUGUACAAUGUUGACUGCAAUAUCGAUGAGUGCAAUCGCCACUAACGGAGUUGUACCAGCGGGAGGAUCUUACUUCAUGAUCAGCCGCUCUCUGGGUCCAGAGUUUGGGGGGGCGGUGGGCCUGUGUUUCUACUUGGGCACCACCUUCGCUGGAGCCAUGUACAUCCUGGGAGCCAUCGAGAUCCUCCUGAUGUACAUAGCACCUAAGGCAGCUAUUUUUGAGUCAAAGUACCCUGAUGGCGAAGGAGCGGCCAUGUUGAACAACAUGCGUGUCUACGGCUCCAUUUGUCUCCUCCUGAUGUCCUUGUUGGUCUUUGUGGGCGUGAAGUACGUCAACAAACUGGCCUCCAUUUUCUUGGCCUGCGUCAUCGUCUCCAUUGUCUCCAUCUACAUCGGCGCGCUGGUCUCUGCCUUCAAACCACCAAAUUUUUCCGUGUGCAUGCUGGGAAACAGAACGAUCAACGGUCAUGAAAUUUAUGACAGCCAGUGUGCGAAAACCAUCCUGCAGCAGAUCAAGGAGGCGGUGGAGAAAGAUGAUGUCAACUUUACAAUUACUAAUGAAAACAGCACUGUAGGCCCGACCUUUGACCCCACCCACGCUCCUGUUCUGGUGGAGAAGACCACAUAUCUUUGGAAACAGUUUUGCCAUGGUCCAGACCUCAACUCCUCCUGUGAUGAAUACUUCAUGUCCAACAACUUUUCAGAGAUUGAAGGGAUCCCCGGUCUGGCCAGUGGGAUCAUUUCAGAGAACGUGUGGAGCUCGUACCUCAGCAAAGGGGAUGUGGUGGAGAAAGGCUCCCUCAACUCCUCUCACUUUGCACAUCCGGCAUCCACGCACCAACCCUAUGUGUUUGCUGACAUCACCACCUCUUUCACACUGCUGGUGGGCAUCUUCUUCCCCUCUGUCACAGGAAUCAUGGCUGGUUCGAACCGGUCGGGGGAUCUGAAAGACGCCCAGCGCUCAAUCCCCAUUGGAACCAUCCUCGCCAUCCUCACCACUUCCAUCGUCUACCUGAGCAGCGUUGUUUUGUUUGGAGCUUGCAUCGACGGGGUGGUCCUCAGAGACAAAUUUGGUGACUCAGUGAAAGGAAAUCUAGUGGUGGGGACUCUGGCUUGGCCGACUCCCUGGGUCAUUGUGAUCGGAUCUUUCUUCUCAACGUGUGGCGCAGGCCUCCAGUCGCUGACCGGCGCUCCCCGACUCCUGCAGGCCAUCGCCAAGGACAACAUCAUCCCCUUCCUCCGGGUGUUUGGUCAUGGGAAGGCUAACGGGGAGCCCACCUGGGCCCUGCUGCUAACCGCCCUGAUUGCUGAGCUGGGGAUUCUCAUCGCCUCUCUGGACCUGGUUGCUCCCAUCCUCACAAUGUUUUUCCUGAUGUGUUAUCUGUUUGUAAACCUGGCCUGUGCCCUCCAAACCCUCCUGAGGACACCCAACUGGAGGCCGCGCUUUUCCUACUACCACUGGACCUUGUCAUUUUUGGGGAUGAUUAUCUGCCUGGCGCUCAUGUUCAUAUCCUCUUGGUACUACGCAAUCGUUGCCAUGGUGAUCGCAGGCAUGAUCUACAAAUACAUUGAGUAUCACGGAGCGGAGAAAGAGUGGGGGGAUGGGAUCCGUGGUCUCUCGCUCAGCGCUGCCCGUUAUGCCCUCCUGAGGUUGGAGGAGGGACCACCACACACCAAAAACUGGAGGCCCCAGCUGUUAGUGUUACUAAAACUGGACGAAGACGCCCACGUCAAGUCUCCUCGUCUACUGACGUUUGCCAGCCAGCUGAAGGCGGGAAAGGGCCUGACCAUCGUUGGCACCGUUGUCUCUGGCAACUUCCUACAGAGCUAUGGAGAGGCCUUCGCCGCUGAACAGACUCUAAAGCACCUGAUGGAUAAGGAGCGUGUGAAGGGCUUCUGUCAGUGCAUCGUGGCUCAGAAGCCACGUGAAGGCAUUAGCCACAUGAUCCAGUCCAGCGGCCUGGGAGGAAUGAAGCCCAACACUGUGGUGAUGGGCUGGCCUCACGCCUGGAGGCAGAGCGAGGACCCACAGGCCUGGAAAACCUUCAUCAACACAGUGCGGGUGACCACAGCAGCCCACCUGGCCCUGCUGGUGCCCAAAAACAUCUCUCUGUUCCCCAGCAAUAGUGAACCCUGCGCAGAGGGCUACAUCGACGUCUGGUGGAUUGUGCACGACGGGGGGAUGCUGAUGCUGCUGCCCUUCCUCUUGCGCCAGCAUAAAGUGUGGCGUAAAUGUGGGAUGCGAAUCUUCACAGUGGCUCAGAUGGAGGAUAAUUCGAUCCAGAUGAAAAAGGACCUGGCAACCUUCCUCUAUCACCUACGCAUUGAGGCUGAGGUGGAAGUAGUUGAGAUGCAUGACAGUGAUAUCAGUGCGUACACGUAUGAAAGGACCCUGAUGAUGGAGCAGAGGUCUCAGAUGCUCCGACAGAUGCGACUCUCGAAAUCAGACCGGGAAAGAGAGCGGGUACGCUGGAGUUUUGAUGAUGUUUAUCUUUCCCCCAGGUACAGGAGUACUGGAGUCUCAUCUAACAGCUGCAAAGGAAACAGAGCAAGACAGGCUCAGCUGGUGAAGGAUCGUAACUCAAUGCUGCGUCUGACGAGCAUCGGAUCAGACGACGACGACGACACGGACGCCGGGGAGCGAGACAGGGUGGUGAGCAGCGGCGGAGGGGGCAGCUCCGAACACCACCGUCGGGUUCAGAUGACCUGGACCAAAGAGAAGACCUCGCAGUACAGAGCCACACACUCCGGCUGCUCCACGCCCGAGGGCUUCAGAGACAUGCUCAGCAUCAGGCCGGACCACUCGAACGUCAGGCGGAUGCACACUGCCGUCAAACUCAACGAGGUCAUUGUCAACAAAUCCCAUGAUGCCCGACUUGUCCUGCUCAACAUGCCAGGACCGCCCAGGAACCCAGACGGAGACGAGAACUACAUGGAGUUCCUCGAAGUUUUAACAGAAGGACUGGAGCGUGUCCUGUUGGUGAGAGGUGGAGGAAGUGAAGUCAUCACUAUCUACUCCUGAAUGGACAAAACGGAAGAAGCCAGUGGUAAAGAAGCAGCCAGUCGCGCAGAAGUGAGCGAAGGGAGACGGAGGGGCCUGUGAGCUCUGGGGAUGUGGGCCCAAAAAGAGAGACUGUCAUUGGCUGCAGCGUCAGUCUUCACGCCCAACACCCCACCCAGCCCUUUUCCUUUCAUGUUUUACACUUUUCUGUCACGACAAGGGUUUCCAUUCUACUUCUGUCGAGCUACAGAAAUGCCAACACAAUUCCACGAAUGAGCAAAAAAAAAAGAAAAAAAAACCAAGCGUGUGUGUGUUUGUGUGUGUAUGAAAGUUAUCCAUCUGAAGAAGGUUUGGUUUAUCGGUGAAGGGACCAGCAUUGUGUUAAGAGCGAGAGUGUUAGGGCCGUGGACCACUGAAUGAAAAAACAUAGAGCGCGAGAGGCUGUGAAGCGUCCCAGAACGGAGCAGUCUUUGCACUGACGAGACUCAGGGUUGCUUUUUGUACAGAAUGUAUUUUGGAAGCAGAUGUGUGUUAGCCUGAAUGUCUGAAUCGAGUGUUUUUGUUGUUUUCUUUUCUCCUUGAAAACAUCUAAAAGUUUAUUCCAGUGCUUCAUGAAAACUGGUUAAGUAACACUGCAUCAAGAGAGUGAGGAGUCCAUCUUAGUACUGCACAUGAGGAAUAUCAGUGUGCUUUUGUGCCAUCUCCUUACUUGAAAGUGUAACAUGUUUAAGGAGAUGAAAGGAAGAAAUGGUUAUCAGUUGCACAUCAAUACUGGCCUCUUUUGAUAUCCACCAUAUCCAAUAGUAUUUGCACAAACCUCAAAAUUUGUUUUAUCCACAGUGAAGUUCAAAGUGGAGUAACACAGAAUUAUUAUUCUGGUUCUUGUGUGUGUUUGUAUGAACCUGCUGCUAUUUCUCACAAUCUACUCUCUCGUAUAGGAAACCAUUUCUGCCAGGAAAGAAAAAGAGAGUUAAACAGUUAGUUAUGAUGAGCACAAAACUGCUCAUGGAGAGUGAAAAUUUGGAUUGUGUGUCUUAAUUUAUUAGAUUUUUUUUCAAUUUUUCAAGUCAAAAUUAAAAGAUGCAAAUUAUUGAAUCAUAAUUUAAAAAUUUGUCAAACUUAAGAUAUAAAGAAAUCAAAAUUGACCCACUUAAUUUACAAGACAUGUCAAAAUUGUUGGAUUAAAAAGGUUUUUUUUUUUUUUUGUCAAAAUUAUGAAAUAAAGAUUUCAAAUUAUAGUUGAAAUGAGAUAGAAAAAAAUGAAGAUUUUGAACAUCUUAUGAUAUAAGUCAUCAUUAGGUGAUAAAUAAAAAUUCUGUUAAGUUAAAAUCAUGAGAUACUAAGUCAAAAUUAUUUGAUAAACAGUCAAAAUUCUUACUUCAAGUCAAAAUGAUAUGAUGACGUUAUCUCUUAAUUUUGAUUUUGGAGUAUAAAUUGUAUUUUAUUUUUCCAUUAUUUUAUUUAUUUUUUAUUUUUUGUCUUAGCAGAAGUGGGCUUCCAUAAAUUAUACAUACAUAUUGUGAUGAAAACAAAUGACAGAAAUGAUGUACAAUUGCCACCUGACACAUAUCUUCAGCAGUCCGCUCUGCUCAUACGUGUUGUCAGCUGUUAGACGGAUAUAGCUUGGUUCCUUAAAUCAAGAGGGGGGCUGUCUUUAUGCAACACAUUUAUGGAUUUGUCAACAUCAACCGAGAUCCCAGGAAAACGCAUCAAAUGAACUAAACCAAUGUAAAGGAAGUUAUCAGAGGUUUCUCUGUGUUGUGCCAUAAACCGGCCCACAUUGGACUGCAUGUGAAUAGUUAGUAUGUUAAAGUAGACAGUAGAGUGUGUUUAAAGAAGCGAGGUCAGACUUUGCGGUUGUUGUUGUUGUUGUUGUGAAGGCCUUGGAAAGGGAAGAAUUUGGAAAGUAUUGUUGACACACUGGACCAUCGUGGAGAGGACCACUGCACUGCAUGCUGUCAAAAUGUCAUCGUCACUCAGAGAGAAGUGUUUAUGUGUAUGUGUGUGCGCAGCAUGGAUGAUACGUGUUCAUUUAACAGAGCAAAAUAGUGUUCUCCAUUCCUUCUAAUGAGAAAAUCUGCUACGCUGUGUAGCACAAGCUUGUGCCCUGAAACUCUCCACUUCACCAUACACCUGAAAUCCACCUGCUGACAUCUUGCUUUGUCUGUGUUUAUGUGUGUCUGAAAGAGCGUGUGUGAACGUGAGCUUGUUGCUAAAGUAAGGAGCUGUAAACUAGAGGUGUUUGAUUCCACUCUAAUGCUUUGUUCUUUUUAUUUUCUACAGUGUCAUUGUGCAGGGAUUCUUUCAUGUUCAUUGUUAUUUCCUAAACAUUGUUUUCUUGCUUGUACAUAAAGACAAAAAAAGAUCCCAAGUUUUAUCUUUUUUUAAUUACAUUAAUAUAAAAAGGAAUCAUAAAAAACUUUGCUUGAAAAAACAUGGGAAUAAAUAAAGCAAUUUUGAAAGAAAAGUUA